AGAGAAUGGCGGCAACCUGAAACCACUUCCCAACAAGCAUGUUGACACUGGAAUGGGCUUGGAGCGUCUUGUGUCAAUAAUUCAGGGCAAGAUGUCCAACUACGACACUGAUAUCUUUACUCCAUUUUUUGACAAAAUUCACCAGAGUACAGGCAUACGUCCCUACGCUGGUAAAGUUGGCGUUGAGGACGCUGAUGGUAUUGACAUGGCAUAUAGAGUCGUUGCUGAUCACAUUCGAACACUUUCCAUUGCCAUUUCUGAUGGCGGCAAGCCUGACAAUGUAGGGAGAGGGUAUGUUUUGAAAAGGGUUCUCAGACGUUGCAUAAGAUAUGCCACAGAGAAACUAAAYGCUCCUCCAGGKUUUGUUUCRUCUCUUGUUUACGURGUGAUUGAGACKCUGGGUGAUUUUUUUCCUGAAUUAAAGAAAGACCCUCAACUGGUGAUUGAUGUUAUUAAUGAAGAAGAAACACAAUUCUUGAAGACCCUUGCCCGUGGUCGCCGUCUAUUUGACCGAACUGCUAGUAAGAUCAAUGACAAGUGCAUACCUGGUGAUGUAGCGUGGAGACUGUAUGAUACUUAUGGCUUCCCUGUGGAUCUAACCCAGUUGAUGGCCGAGGAAAGAGGAUUAACKGUAGACAUGGAGAAGUAUGAGGAAUCAAAGAGGAGAGCUCAGGAAAUAGCCAAAGGCAAGGGUGUUUCUAGUGAUGAAGCCAUUACAUUGGAUGUACAUAUGAUUGAUAAACUCAAAAAAGAAUUGAGUCUUCCUCCCACUAAUGAUUCAGCUAAAUAUAACUAUAAAUCAGACAACCAAGGAGACUAUGACUUUUUACCAACAACUGGUAUAGUGAAGGCAUUACUUUACCAAAAAGAAUUUGUCCAAGAAGUACCAGGUGGUGUACACUGUGGAGUUGUCAUGGACAAGACAGGCUUCUAUGCCGAGCAAGGAGGUCAAAUCUACGACCAGGGCUUCCUGGUCAAGGAAGGGGAUGAGGAAGUAGAGUUCAAGGUCAUGGAUGUCCAGGUACAUGGUGGUUAUGUGUUGCACGUUGGUGCGUUGGAAGGAGCUCUGCGAGUUGGCGACAAAAUGAAGAGUGUCAUUGACGAGGAACGACGACGGCAUUGUAUGAAUAACCAUACCGCUACUCACGUUUUGAACUUUGCUCUUCGAAAAACGCUCACCGGCGAUAGUGAUCAGCGAGGGUCCUUAGUGGCUCCUGACAGACUACGCUUUGAYUUUACUUCAAAGGGUGCCAUGACAACAGAGCAAAUCAAAGAAACAGAAUUAAUAAGCCAAGAAAUUAUCAACCAAGACUUGGAAGUGUUCGCUAAAGAAGUCCCUCUCGCCGUUGCCAAGGACAUCGCAGGUCUUAGGGCCAUCUUUGAUGAGGUUUAUCCUGACCCAGUACGUGUUGUAUCGAUCGGUUCAUCGUUUGAAGAAUUACAGAAYAACCCACAAGCUGGUUAUAAAUAUUCUGUGGAGUUUUGUGGCGGGACUCAUCUCCAGCGUUCAAGCCACAUGAAGGCGUUCGUUUUGGUUACAGAAGAAGCCAUUUCAAARGGAAUUCGACGAAUUGUUGCCAUUACAGGACCAGAGGCGCUUCGUGCUCAGAAAAAAUGUCAACUUCUUGAGGAUAAAGUGCAAAAURUCAAGACAGACGUUGAAACAAAGUUAUCGUCAAAAAGUCUAAACGUGAAGGAAAGCAGCCAGGAAAUUAACCGACUYAAUGAGGAUAUUGACGGUGCCAUAAUCUCCGCUUGGAAGAAAGACGAACUGCGUUCAGUGCUGAAGCAAGUGAAAAAACUCGUAACAGAUGCUGAAAAAGAGCUAAAGGCAGCCGCGAUGCAAAUUGCCAUCGAGAAAGCGAAGUCUCUCAUAGAACAGAAACCUGAUAUGGCCAUAUGUGUUGAUUUAUUUGACGCUGGAUCAAAUACAAAGAUAUUAGAUUCUGCCUUGAAGCAGUUCAAGAGCCUUUCUCCAAAGACUGCAGCCAUGUUGUUCAGUGUUGACAGUGGUAACAACAAAGCCAUUUGCAUGGCAAUCGUACCAAAGGAUGUCGUCGAAAGAGGGCUUAAAGCCGACGAAUGGGCGAAAGCCAUUUCGGAAGUACUCGGUGGAAAGUCGGGCGGAAAACCAGUGUCGGCACAGGCUUCGGGUCCUAACGUGAAAGAUAUCAACAAAGCAAUGGAAGUUGCUGAACAAUUUGCCAAAUUAAAACUACAGAAUUAAGAAGAUAAAAAUACAGAUAAGUCCAGUAAAACCUCGCUAUCACGACCACAGACCCCGCUAUCUCUAACUCAAACUCAAGUUUAUCGGACACAAACCUUGGUAUACUCGAGCAAAACUCAAAAACACAUCCGUAUAUUCCGAAAACAAACCCUGUUAUAUCGGGCACAAGGGAUCAAUUCGACYACUGUGGUAUUCUGCGUUUCCAAAAAAACACUUUUUUUUAAUGGCGACCUGUUUUAGUUCUAUAGACCAUUGUUUAUCUUCAAUGUCGAGAUAGCGGGUUUUACUGUAUUUUCUGUUAUAAUUCAACUGUAAAACAGCUUUAAAAUUCAGUUUGAUUGAAUGAUGAUCAACACAGAGUACUAAGCAUUGUCACGUGUAUUAAAAACUUAAGUUAAUCGGAUAUAAAGUCAUUUACACCGCU